AUGACUUUGUCUUUCGAAAAUGAGCAUCCAGAUGAUCAUGUAGAUCUACAACCUCCUACCAAAAGACGGAGGUUUUCCGCCAACCCUGAAGAAGCUUCCUCAGAUCCAGUUGCGCAUGAUAGCUCCCCACUACCGCCACCAAGACGAUUCUUCAAAGAUGAAGACGAAAUCAAGCAAGAAAACGAACAAUUAGAAACAAUAGUCGAAAACCCGAACGAUGAACCAGCGAGGUUAUCUCCUACAGAGCCUCCGGCGCUCCAGCAGGAGUCAUCCGUAUCUUUCGACCAGGAAACAUUCGAGGCCUUCAUUGGCGACAAGAUCUCGGCCGAUAUUCUUUCUGCAAUUAGAGGCAAUUGUGGGAAUGACCUCGAGCGAGCUGUAAACAUGUACUUUGAUGGAACAUAUAAACAGUUUAUGAAGAAACCGUCAAAGUCAGCACCGUUGAGACCCGCUGCCAGCUCAAUUCGCUCUCCAAGUACCUCCAAUGAACGAAAACUCCCCAUACAAACCUCGAAAAGGAUGCCGAACGAACGAUAUAUAGGCGCGUUUGGAGUUGAGGGGUGGGCAACACGAAGUGGGACGAAUUUGAUAAAGCAUGCAGACAUUGUCAAGAUCGAACGACAAAAACGAGCACCUCAACCUGUAAAAGGCAAAGGAAAGGCUGGACCUGUCACCCCUUCGAGAGGUUUUGGAGCUGCUUCAAAACGACAGGAUGUUAUCGUGCGCUUUACGACCCAGGACGGAACGGAAGUUGGGCGACUAUCGAGAGAAGCGGCGAGCUGGGUUUCAGCCUUGAUUGACGAAAAGAUAUGCAAAUUCGAGGGAACUGUCGUCUAUGCUCCCGAACGACUUCGAACAAACGAUACGGUCUACCUUCAGUUGCGAUGCUCACUUCUCAACUCUGCUUUCUUUAGCCGAGCGUUCCAGCUCGCUGACGAUAGAUCAACUGCCUUCUUUGAACAAAACGAGACAAACGACGAGAAGACACUUCGUUUGAGACAAGUGGCUUUAGUUAAGCUGUUCCAGGAAAUCAAUCUGCACCCUACGCUGACGAAUUCUGCUACCAAGGAUGGCCGCAAAGGAUUGCUCCAAGCUGCCGAGCAAGACGAAGAGAAACAAAAGGACGCCGCCAAGAAAACGAAUGGGAAUGGAAACGGCAAUACUAAGGAAGCGAACUCGUCCCAAUCCUCUGACACUGAGGAGGGAGAAGAACUGGAGCAGGAUCAGCUUGAUGCGUUGUACAAAAAAGCACAGUCUUUUGACUUUGAUACCCCCGAAGCGGAACCUGCAGAUUCCUUUGCCAUGACACUUCGCAAAUACCAAAAGCAAGCGCUGCAUUGGAUGAUGUCCAAGGAGAAGGACGAGAAGGGUCACCGGGAGCUAUCGAUGCACCCGCUUUGGGAACAGUAUGAUUGGCCAUUGAAGGAUGUUGACGAGAACGAGUUGCCACAAGUUGAGGGGCAGUCGAAGUUCUACGUCAACCCUUAUUCUGGUGACCUGUCACUUGACUUCCCGGUACAAGAACAACACUGCCUGGGUGGUAUUCUUGCCGAUGAAAUGGGUCUCGGCAAGACCAUCCAGAUGCUGAGUUUAGUUCAUUCGCAUAGGUCCGAGGUUGCUCUUGAAGCUCGCCAAUCAGCUGCUGCACUGGCAAAUGUGAACCAACUUACAAGACUGGGCAAGAACUCAGAGUCGGUUCUUGAUGCGCCAUGUACAACACUGGUGGUCGCACCCAUGUCGCUGCUGUCCCAAUGGCAGAGUGAGGCUGAAAAGGCUUCCAAGAAUGGAACGAUGAAGGUCGAGCUAUACUAUGGCAACGAAAAGUCGAGCAACCUACAAGCACUUUGUUGUGCGUCCAACGCAGUCAAUGCACCCGAUAUUGUCAUCACUAGUUACGGUGUUGUGCUAUCCGAGUUUAGCAGCUUGGCUGCUAGAAAUGGAGACAAGAGUUUCCAUAAUGGACUCUUUUCGCUAAAGUUCUUCCGCAUUAUCAUCGAUGAAGCUCAUCAUAUCAAGAAUAGAUCUUCCAAAACGGCGAAAGCAUGCUAUGAGAUCUCAGCCACCCAUCGCUGGGCACUGACUGGAACUCCCAUUGUGAACAAGUUGGAAGAUUUGUUCAGUCUUGUCAGAUUCCUAGGCGUAGAACCCUGGAACAACUUCUCAUUCUGGCGGACAUUCAUUACUGUACCUUUCGAGUCUGGUGACUUCAUGCGAGCUCUGGAUGUCGUGCAAACCGUUUUAGAGCCUCUUGUGCUCCGGCGUACAAAGGACAUGAAAACGCCCGAUGGCGAACCGCUUGUGCUCCUGCCGCCUAAACAAAUUGAGAUUGUUGAUGUCGAACUCUCGGAGACAGAGCGAGACGUCUAUAAUUAUAUCUUCAACAAGGCUAAAAGAACUUUCUCACAAAAUGUCGAGGCGGGUACUGUCAUGAAGGCCUUCACUACAAUCUUUGCUCAGAUUUUACGUCUUCGGCAGUCAUGCUGUCAUCCUGUUCUUGUGCGCAACCGUGACAUCGUGGCGGAUGAAGUUGAGGCUGGAGCGGCUGCUGAUGCAGUUGCCGGGCUUGCAGAUGACAUGGACCUUGAGUCGCUCAUCACCUCGUUCACGGCAGUGACAGACGAAGCGUCAAAGGAGUCUAAUCAAACCUUUGGAGCCCAUGCACUGGAACAGAUCCGUGAUGAGGCUGAGAAUGAGUGUCCUUUAUGUUUUGAAGAGCCAAUGAAUGAUCAGACAGUGACUGGCUGUUGGCACUCGGCGUGCAAAAAGUGCUUGCUUGAUUAUAUCAACCAUCAAAUUUCCAAGGCAGAGGUACCUAGAUGUUUCAGCUGUCGCGAGCCGAUCAACAAACGAGACUUGUUCGAGGUUGUUCGCCACGAUGAUGAUCCUGAUUUUAUGUCGAAGAAGCCCAAGAUCAGCCUACAGCGGGUUGGCGUCAACGCUUCUUCGGCAAAGGUGGUUGCGCUAAUGUCUGAAUUGCGAGCUUUGAGACGAGAACAUCCCAAGAUGAAGUCUGUGGUGUUCUCCCAGUUUACCUCUUUUCUGAGCCUUAUCGAGCCUGCUCUCACACGUGCGAACAUCAAAUUUCUUCGACUGGACGGAUCAAUGGCCCAGAAAGCGCGAGCAGCGGUACUUCAUGAGUUCACUGAGCGGAAAGGGUUUACGAUACUUUUGCUUAGUUUACGGGCUGGUGGUGUCGGUCUGAACUUGACGACCGCUGGACGGGUGUUCAUGAUGGAUCCCUGGUGGAGUUUCGCGGUUGAGGCUCAGGCCAUCGACCGAGUGCACAGAAUGGGUCAAGAGUCUGAAGUACAGGUUAAAAGAUUUGUGGUCAAGGAAAGCGUGGAGGAGCGGAUGCUCAAGGUCCAGGAGCGGAAGAAGUUUAUUGCUACCUCGUUGGGUAUGAUGAAUGACGAAGAGAAGAAGGUUCAACGCAUCGAAGACAUCAGGGAGCUGCUGAGUUAA